CCAAUCCUUCCAGCUUCAUAUCGAGGAUCCAGCAGGCAGUUGCACAACUAGAUUGGAAGGACAGCAAAUCUUCGAAAGCUUUGGAUACUGUGAGCAGGUUCUUCUUUGAGUUCGACAAAACGUCUUGAACAUGGCUAAACUUUUCUUGUACAUGGCACUCGCUGCUAUCUUAGUGCUGGUUUCAAGCAUCCCCGAUUGCACGGACGAUCCAAACGGGACCAUCUACAGGGGAGAGUUGGCCCAGACAUUUUCCGGUAAAACAUGCCAAUCCUGGAACUCCCAGACCCCACAGGGGCAUUCCCGGACACCCGCCAACUACCCUAAUGCGGGCCUUGGAGAUCACAACUACUGCAGAAACCCCGACGGUGCAUUCACCGCUUGGUGUUACACCACCGAUCCUGAUACCCGAUGGGAGUAUUGUGCCAUUGGUGAUUUCAGCUAUGAAUGCACGAAUCCCGAAUGCUACCACCAAUCCCCUGGCGCUGACUACCGAGGAGAAGUCUCGACUACACGGAACGGUCGCGAGUGCCAAAACUGGACCUCCCAGUCGCCCCACGGUCACAGCCGCACCCCAGAGAACUACCCUACCUCUGGUCUCGGGGACCACAACCUCUGCCGCAACCCCGAUGGCGAGGAAUUCGCCUGGUGCUACACAACCGACCCCAGUGUCCGUUGGGAGUUCUGCAACAUCGGAUUGCCCGAAGAGGGUUGCUAAAUGGCGUUUCAAAGAGUCUUCCUAAAAUGAGCGGAGGGGAGGGGGUGUCUCUGGUAUCUUGUCAUGUUUGGUCAUCGUAAUUUUGCUCAUUAUAUCAUCUUUUGAUUCAAGGGUGACUUUGUAGGCCGUAUGGUGGCUGACUUACUGCUCUGAUUAUAACUUCCUAAUAGAUUUCACUGUCUGUCAUUUCUUAAUGGAAUACAUACAAAUGUUAAGGGGCAAAGUCAUUAUUGUUCAAACCUCUCUACGAGAAAGUAUGGACCUAAUUUCCUGUUCAUAUUUUAACAAUUGCUAACAGCCUUUAUUAUCAAGGUGUAGGUCUUUGUAAUUAUAUAGGUGUUAACUUGUUGAUCUAUUCCUUUCUUUUGAUCGGAGUGGUUGGGAAAGAAGGGUUUAAGUAUCUCUAUCAAGUGGUAUGUUGCAGACAAAAAUAACAAACAAACAAAUAAACAAGAAAUAGAGGGAAUUGGCAGAAUAAAUGUUUCAUCACUUCACCAUCACAAAUUUAUUUCAUUGAUAUAUUAAUAAUGAUAUAGCAGUUUAACUCAGAUUGAAUAAACAAUAGUAACACUAUUUCUUCGCAAUAAUAUUAAGCAAUGGAUACGUUGCUGUUUUUACUCUUUGAAUUUG